AUGAGGGACACGGAUCCCCAGCCCGGCCGCCACGGCAGCGCCCCACGUUGCCGCCGGCCCCGGUACCCGGCACAGCAAAUCCCCCAGUUCGGCCCGUGCGCCCCACUCAAGAGGCGCCCAGGGGCUGCCUCCUCCCUGGCUCCAGGUGCUGGCAAUGCCCAGGGCGAGCAGGCUGCCCCAAGGUCCCCAUCCCCGCGGCAGCUCGUUGCACCCCAGGGCCUCUCCCACAUAAGGAGGCGCCCAGGGGCUGCCUCCUCCCUGGCUCCAGGUGCUGGCAAUGCCCAGGGCGAGCAGGUUUCCUUGGCGUUCGGCGCGGAGCGGGAGAACAGCCCCGACAGGCUGGAGUCAGCCAGGCCUCCAGGAACCGCGCUGCCGGGUAAAAAUAACCGGGAGAGCCGAGCCGUUGGGAAGGGCUGCCGCAUCCUGCUGGGCUCCUGCUCCCGGGAUAUCGGGGUCUGUGCCCGUGCCCAGGUCAAUGGGAGCCUCCAGGUGCUGCAGUCCCCGGAGAAGGUGUCGGUGUCCAUGGGGAAGACGCUCACGCUGAACUGCACCGUGCUCGGAAGCAGGGUCGCAGGACCCGUGAAGUGGCUGAAGGACUCAGGAGGAAAGAGAGAGAUUGUUUAUGAAUUAAAAGGCUCCUGGCCCCGUGUGACCAGGGUGGUGAAUAACUCCGAAACAAAUUACGACAUCAACAUCAGUAACAUGCAAGUUGAGGAUGCUGGGACCUAUUACUGCGUGAAGUUUAAGAAAAGAGACCAUCAGGACGAGGUGCUUUUGUCGGGAAAGGGCACGAAGGUGCUUGUGAAUGGUGAGUGGAGCCUUCAGCCCCGUCCCCCCGGCCUGGCCGUGCACCCUGUUCCCCGGGGCUGCGGGGCAGAGCGCCGGCCCCACGGGCAAACGCCUCUCCCCACAGCCAGCCCCGUGGACGUGGCCGUGUCGGGGCCGACGCAGCGCGUGGAGUCGGGCAGCUCGGCGACCUUCACGUGCACGGCCAGAGGCUUCUUCCCCGAGGACAUCCAGGUGCAGUGGUUCAAGGACGAGCACUCGCUGUCGGCACCACCGGUGCUGGUCAUCCCGGAGCGGCCGGGCUCCUCCUUCGCCAUGAGCAGCGCGGUGCAGGGGCGGCUGGCGCCCGCCGACGUGCGCGCCCGGCUCAGCUGCGAGGUCGCGCACUCCACGCUGAGAUACUUGACUUUCAUAUACAUCGCAGUUGGAGUGAUCUGUACUGUGCUGGCGCUGCUGGUGGUUGCUGUUCUCUACCUCAUCCGGGUGAAGCAGAGUAAAGGUAAAAGCUCCCCAUCUGUUAGGUUGCAUGAGCCAGAGAAGAGCAGUGGGACGGCUAACCAGGAGUCGGAUACCAACAACCUGACCUAUGCGGACCUGAACUUUGAAAAGGAGAAGAAGAGCAUCCGGCGGAUCAUCGAGAUGAGCCAGCAGUCCGAGUACGCCUGCAUCCAGACGAGCCAGGCCCCUGCCACCGAGGACAACCUCACCUAUGCGGACCUGGACAUGGUCCAUCUCAGCAAGGCGCCCAAGAGGCCGGCCCCGCGCCCCGAGGAAGCCGGCUCCGAGUACGCCAGUGUCCAGAUCCAGAAGAAGUGAGCGGGGCUGGAGCUGGCCAGGGCUC